AUGUCCGCCCUCGCAACAGCACUGGGCUUGCACACAGGUCCUGGCAUCCCAGCAGCAAACUAUGCCCCUUACCAUGCAAUGUUCAAUUUCAUUUGGGCCCAUAUCCUCACCUCAUCACGUGCACUCAAACAAAGAUACGGCAUCGAUCACAACGUCAAUCCGCGCGAAGACCUUGCUCGGUUUGGAGAUAAGGCUGUCCAGGAGGGCAAAAUCACCCGACAACAGCUCAAUCGAUUGAAACGCAGUGAAGCAGCUCACGCUAAUGCCAUGGAGCAUUAUCCCGUCUUCGUCGCAUGCAUCUUGUUUGCAACGGUCAACAAAGUUCCCAACAAGACAAUCAACCGUACGUGUGCUAUAUAUUCGAUUGCACGGAUCGUUUAUACCAUUGCUUAUGUGUGUGUGGACAAAUGGAAGCAUUCCUGGAUUAGGAGCUUGGCCUGGUGGAUCAGCAACUUCAGUUGCAUCUACUUGUUCUGGCAAAGUGGGAAGACAUUAAGUUAA